AUGCCUGAACUAUUCGAGUGGCCUUGCGAUUCUUCCCGCUGUCAAUCCAAGUUCUGUGCCCAAACGGCCAUAUGUGAUUUGUGCUAUCAAGCUCUAUGUCCAGAGCAUGAUGUAGCCCCCGCACAUGCCUGCAGAACUCCUCGCACUACCGAACAACGCUGGAAUGCUCAGGACAACGCUCAAAGACGAUACGUAAGUCGCAGAAAUCACCGGGCUGAUUACGCCAUUCAUCUGACCAAAUAUGUACCCUGCAGCUCGGUAGGGUACUGUCGGAUGUUGCAACACACAAGAAGGAUUUGA